AGUCUACAUCGUCACCUGAAUUCGAGCUGGGCGUUAUAUUUUAUUUCUCUUCCAUGGUUUUAGUCCCUCAUUGCUCUACAAUUGCUCACAUUCGCUAUUCUUAAAUCUUCCUCACGGUGCAGAUUGGUGUUUCUUCAAAGACAAGUCGAGUUUUGCACGGAUGGAACAUUUUCCCAGACCAUUUUCAUAGUAGUUGUGUGUCGAGACUCAGAAAUGUGUGGUAUCAGUUGCAUCGUAGCCUUGCACGAGGCCACUCGCCUCGCUCACCAACGAGAUAAAAAGUCCAUCGAAGACAAGUUACGCAAAAGUCUUGAACAAAUCAGACAUCGGGGUCCGGAUUCGACAGGCACCUGGAUCAGUGAAGAUGGUAGAGUUGCCCUCGGUCAUGUCAGACUCGACAUCAACGACCUCUCACCGGCGGGCUGUCAACCGUUGCACUCGACCGACGACACGGUACACGUCGUGGUCAAUGGAGAAAUUUAUGAUUAUGACAGGUUGAGAGCCGACAUGGAAGAAAAGAUCAACUACCAAUUUCAAGGAACCAGCGACUCUGAGCUCGUACUCGCACUGUACAAGUACUACGACGGCCUUUCUUUCUUGGACCUUAUCCGAGGGGAGUUUUCCAUUUGUCUGUUCGACAGUGAACGAAAACUGUUCGUGGCCGUGCGUGACCGGUAUGGUAUCAAACCUUUAUUCUGGACGAUCCAAGCAGGUCAACUGCUCGUCGCGGCCGAGAUGAAGGCCUUUUUGCCAAUGGGAUGGAAGCCAGAAUGGGACGUCAACAGUAUCGUCGGUGGGCAUUUCCAGAUUGGAAGUCCUACCAUUUUCAAAAAAAUUCAAAAGGUACUGUUUCCGUUUGGCCUGGCACCCCUUGCUAUGUGUUGCUAUUGGUCUUCUCUAGUUGUCUCUACGCACUCUCAGGCUUACGGCAUACGCAUCGACAUAUACAGGUGAGAUCUGGACAUUUUCUGAUGUGUAAACAUUUUGGACCAGUGCGAGAGCAAAAAUAUUGGGAUUCGAGGUAUCCCGACAAGCAUGCCAAGGACCCUCGCACCGAAGGAGAAAUGAUCCAAGGUGUCCGAGAACGUCUGGUAGACGCGAUCAAAGAACGUCUUCGAGCGGAUGUCAAGGUCGGUGUCUCACUGAGUGGAGGAAUCGAUUCGUCGGUCGUCGCAGGCGUCGUCAACCAUCUUCUACGUCAGGGUCAUCAGAUUGGAUCGGAGUCUGUAAAUGGCCGACUCAGUUGUUUUGGUAUCGCCUUUGACGAGGACAGUGGAUUCGACGAAUCGUCCACGGCCAACCGCACCGCGGACUUUUUAGGUGUCAAGUUUUACAAGAAACACAUGACCGAAGAUGAACUGGCGAGGUCUUUCGCCGACGCCACAUGGCACGACGAGCAACCAAACCCUGAUCUCAAUUUUAUCGGCACGUACGCACUUUCAGCGUUGUUUCAAAAACAAGGUUUCCGGGUCAAUAUCAACGGACAAGGAGCAGACGAGAUCUUUGGUGGGUACAAUAUAUUCCUACCCGACCUUCUUCGUGAACCGGAUACCACCUUUGACGGAGCAGGCGUGAUGAUGACCGAAGAGGAGCGUAUCGCCAAACUACAAGAAUCGGAAGAAAUUCUCAACCGAGUCUACUAUGGGGGUCAACUAGACCUCUCAGGAAAUUCAGUUGCUCGCAGUCGAUUGAACAAUAUCCUCACGCCGGUACUAAUGGCAGCGGCGUUUCCUCGUCUCCCUUUUAAAGAGGGAUUCUCACCUUUACCGACGACCACUGCCAAUGACCCGCAGUUGUUGACCUAUACCGAGAGUAUUGUUGGUGGUGGAAGAGCGGCGGCGGCAACGACGAACUGGCACCCCUUACACACCGCCCAAUACGUCUUUGUCAAAGGACAUCUACAGAAUUUGUUAUUGUCCAAUCUCGGGGACAGGGGUGAAAUGGCACAUUCGAUAGAAGGUCGAACUCCAUUUCUGGACCACUACCUAACAGAAUACGUCGACGGUCUCCCACCCAGUGUAAAGAUCCGUCGUGACCCGAACAGUAACGAGUGGGUGGAAAAGUAUCUUCUUCGAGAAGCCGGCCGACCUUUCAUCACGGACGAAGUUUACAAGAAACAAAAACAUCCGUAUAGUGCUCCUCUCAAGUUUCCGAGAGGAGGACCAAUGUACAACUUACUAAAAGAGUUGGUGACGGACGGCAACAUUUCAAAACUUGGCUUUCUUCGACACGACGGUAUAGGAAAGCUCGUGGACGAGGCUUUCGAGACCGAUAACAAACAUACCUCGACAACGACAACAACAAAAAAGUUUAGGAUCGUCAUCUGUCUCGCUCAGUGGGUCGUCUUACAGAGACGAUUUGGAGUGCAGACGGCGAUUCCGGAAACCAAGGGUCAAGUCCUUGAAGGAGCAGAAGCAAAAAGGGAAGAAGAAAUCAAGGACGGAAGCAACGUCAUGAUCGGGUGAUGAACUCGUUAAGAAAGGAGAUUGUAUGUACGUAUCUUGCUACUGGCAUCGGUACAGCUAGCCCCUGUAUACACCCGUAUACAGGGAUAUCAGCCGUGAUCAAGAUGCUACACCCUAGUUUUCCUCGUAUACGAUCUCACCUUCAAACCACGUCGUCAGGACCUUGACACCCUCGAAUUCGGCUUUGCUCAAAUCGUUGUUGAGGGCGAUGAAAUUUGCCUUCUUGCCGGGUUCGACACUACCGAACUCGUUUUGUUUGCCUACCGCUUCGGCUCCGGCCAACGUCAACAUGCGGCAGAUUCUGGCGGCGCCCAGGGUUCUGUCGCCACCACCGACGCUCUCGACGAUGUUUCCCAAGAUGGGCAACAGGUCAGGCACGUUGGGGGCACACCAGUCGCUCCCGAUGGUGACGUGGGCGUCUGCCUCGAUCAUGCGAGGGAAGUUCCAGUCCAUGAGACCACCACUCGCCGCCGUGACCGGGUGGACGAAGAAGAAAGCGGGGGACAUUUCAGCCGUGACGUUUAGGGUUUUGUACCGUCCAAAGUCCUCGUCGCGGACCCCCGAAGAGUGUGCGAUUUCGUGACGCGGCCCCCGAGGGUUGGUUUUCCGCGCGG